GGGGGGGAAAUGCCGAUACUCGUGAAGGGAAUUUUAAGUUAAACCGAUUUUAGAGAUUUUUUUUACGAGUACAGAAAAAUAGGCGAUUGUGUCUUUGAAGUUCCAAGUUACCCUCUCUCUUUCUUCUUCCCUCUUUUAACUGUCACAUUCGUACAUGACAAUCUUUAUGGAGACAAAACCGUGUCGGAGGAAUCGACGAGGAAAAGAGACUACCCCGAGCCGAUAUGAAACGCGAGUGAAAAUUUCGCGAAGAAGGUAAGAUGUGUUUCAGUUUUGUUGCCGGGGGUUUGAAAAAUGAACAAACUCCACCGACGGCGAAGCGAGAGCGUCGAUGGCGUCGAGGCGCGAACGACAGAAAUUGGAAAAAUUGUCCUUAGGAACAGCUUGAACCGACAUAAGGACCUCGUUCUAGUCUGUUUCGCAUCGCAUCGAUCGUGACUGGCGGUACUAAUCCCGAGGACUCCUCCGAGGCUCGUCAUGCUGGUCCCCGAGGGCAAUUUUACAUCCUGGGUCGGCAACUGGACGACGAUCCUGCACCAGGUGUCCUGCAACGACACCCUCGGUGGUUGCGCCGGCGAAUGCGACACCAUUUCUGGUGGAUUCGAUCAUUUAUGCACCACAAUCGGGAGAGGAACCCUUACCUCCUCUUCGAUGACUCUUUUUUGCACGCCCUGCGAUUAUGGUAGUUGCAACGUCAACAUGUCCUUGCUGCUCGACAGCCUCGAAAGCAUCGAGGGCGUCUUUCUGUCUAGGAUACCGAUGAGAAAUUGCAACGCUACGUCCUUCGACGAGGAAAUCCUCGAGUGCUCGUCGGUCGGCGUCGUCGACGAGGAUCUGGCCGUCUCCUGCGCGCAUCGAUCCAGGAUCGGCACCACCGCCGGGACGAGGACGCGUCGCUUCGACUGGAGCUUCCUGUUCGUGGCGGUCUUCAUAGCCGCCGGCGGUCUGGGCAACAUAUUGGUCUGCCUCGCCGUGGGCUUGGACCGGAGGCUCCACAACGUCACCAACUACUUCCUGUUGUCGCUGGCGGUCGCCGAUCUCCUCGUCAGCCUCUUCGUCAUGCCGCUGGGCGCCAUACCGGGCUUCCUGGGAUAUUGGCCGUUCGGGGUGGUGUGGUGCAACGUUUACGUGACAUGCGACGUGCUCGCGUGUUCGGCGAGCAUAAUGCACAUGUGUUUCAUCUCCCUGGGCCGUUAUCUGGGCAUCCGUAAUCCGCUCAGGACACGACACACGUCUACGAAGCGGGUGGUGGGCUUCAAGAUCGCCGCUGUCUGGCUGCUGGCCAUGCUGGUCUCCAGCUCCAUCACGGUGUUGGGCAUCAUCAACCCCUCGAACAUCAUGCCGCGUCCGAGGGUGUGCGUUAUCAAUAACCGAGCGUUCUUCGUGUUCGGUUCCCUGAUCGCCUUCUACAUCCCCAUGAUCGUUAUGGUUGCGACUUACGUGUUGACGGUGCAGCUGUUGCGCAAGAAGGCGCGAUUCGCGGCCAUACAUCCAGAGGGAGAUCAGUUUCGCCGAUUGGGCGGUAGAUACGCGUCCGCAAAAACAUCAUCAUCGACGGCGUCGUCGUCGUCCACCGCAAUCGCCACCGCGAGAUCGUCCUCCACCUCCGCGAGACUGAUCCGCACUUCCGGUUGCAACGCUGAAAGGGAAAGCGACAAAUGCGGAGGCGUGAGAAGAGUCCUGCCGCAUCUGAAGUUAACGGUAAACGGCGCCGGAAGUCCUGCCACAGGAUCACGACCCAGGUCGAAAGUGGAUCAGGCGACCCAAACGCCGGAGAACAUCGCGCGCGAAACACGGAACUUCACCCUCAGGGCUCUGAAGUUGCAAUUGAACGUCACGCCCAACACCCUGAAUCUCAGGUUCCUGGCGGGACGAUCGAAGAAGAGAUCCCUGGCCGCGAACGCGGUCGCGACGGAACAGAAGGCGAGCAAGGUCCUGGGCCUGGUGUUCUUCACGUUCGUCCUGUGCUGGGCGCCAUUCUUUCUGCUUAACAUCUUCUUCGCCGCGUGUCCCACGUGUCCUGUGCCGGGACACGUGGUAGACACGUUCCUCUGGCUGGGCUACGUGUCCUCGACAAUCAACCCGAUUAUUUAUACCAUUUUCAAUAGGACUUUCCGCGCCGCGUUCAUUCGCUUGUUGAAGUGCAAGUGCUCGAGGUCCGCGAGGCCUUCGAGAUAUCGUUUCGUUACGGAAACCGGAAGGGGGGCGAUGGGUCUGUGCACAUCGGGCGCUCUUCCACUGGCCAUCAGCCUUCAGGGUACACCUUUAUUAAGCCCGACGCCAAAUCCGACGCCAACACCGGCGUCGGAAAGCUCGUUCAUGACGAUGAUGCAUCGUACGCCGAGUUCGCUCUACCGGGAUACCUUUUUAAUUCACGAACCUGAUCAGGGCGGCCAUUAACCUCGUCCAUUAAUUAACUAAUUUCGCAAUGAGUGAUUAUACUGCACGAGGCUGAGUUUUGCAGCCAGAAGAUUUCAAUUUAAAAAAAAAGAUUGUGCACAAAUAAAUUUUAUUCUAUAA